AUGUCUCUUGAAAACUCUCUACGCGUCCCCACCAUCCCUCUUGCUCGCGAGUCGACGGUCUUGCCACCGUCGGACAAGAUACCUUCCUUUGUCCUCCGUGCAGAGAGUCGCUCGUACUCUCACCAAUACUCGAAUAUAUACUACCUCCGUCUGCAGCUGCUGAAACGCUUCGUCCUCGCACGCGCACGGAGAAGAUGGAAGGAAGUUGCCGGGGACCCGCCGUAUGUCGAGCGUGUGCUGGAAGUCGUGAAGGGACAGUUAUGCUUCAUCGUCGGAACCGUGUACAUGGACAUGCCUCUCAAGCCAAACGUCCUCGAAGACAUUGCGCACGAUCAUUCUCUCCCAGCCCCGCCGCCGCGGCCCAAAUACUACUCUUCAGACGAUCAGGUAAUGCUUGAAGACGAGUCUGGACGCGUCGUUCUCGUCGGAGCACCCGUGCGCUCUGCAAAUCUAGUCACUGGCGUUGUCCUUGCUGCUCUAGGCGCGGAGACAAGCGGCGGGGAAUUCGAGGUCAUUGAUGUAUGCUUUGCGGGAAUGGCGCCGCAGCCGAGUGCAGGGCUCGAAUGGAGAAAGGAGGAUGCAACAGAUGUGGAAAAAGAGGAGAAGAUGGAUGUGGAUGGCGGUACUGCGGUUGAGGAACAAGAUGACGGCGAAUGGGUCGCACUGGUGUCAGGCCUAGAUGUCGGUGAUCCUUCUCCUGCGGAUGCCCAGCUACAGAUGCUCGUCGAGUAUCUCACGGGUGAGGCCGGUGGAGCGGAAGAUCAAGCCAGGACGGCGGAGGUUUCAAGACUAAUUAUAGCGGGAAACUCACUCUCUCCUGCUAUCAGCACAAAUGGUGCUACGAACGAAGAAGACAAGGCCGAUCGGAAAGCACGCCGCUACGGAAACGACACCACGAGCUUUUCUCCCCAUCCGACGCUCGCGCUCUCAGCCCACCUUCUCGACCUGGCGCGCUCCAUGCCGGUGCACAUUCUCCCAGGCCCGUCCGAUCCUGCAGGUACUCUCCUCCCACAGCAAGCCUUCCCUCAGGCGAUGUUCCGCGGUGCCUCUGCCUAUGCCUCCUUCUCAUGCGAGACAAAUCCGACGUACAUCCGCAUGGGUCCGUCCGCCGAGGCUAGCGAGUCCGCACAACCUCCUGCAACCAAAAAUGGCAAGGGCAAGCAGAAGGCGGACGCGUCCACAUCGAGAACACGCCAGAGUCCUGGGCUACCAGCGCCAACCGGCGGGCCGUCGUGCACGCUGCUCGUGACGUCUGGGCAGCCUGUGGACGACAUGUUCCGGUACGUCGCUACCCCGCCAGUGACGCGGCUUUCGUUGGCGGCAUCGUCGCUCCGGUGGCGGCACCUCGCGCCGACUGCGCCAGAUACGCUGUGGUGCCAUCCAUAUUUCACCACGGAUCCGUUCGUCAUUACGGAGACGCCGGACGUGUAUGUCGUCGGGAACCAGCCACGCUUCGCGACGCGCGUCGUGGAGGAGCGUGGAUGGGGGCCGAGACGGCGCAAGGUUAAUGUCGAGGAUGGAGAUGGCGUGGAUGAAGAGGAGAUCGACGAGAGCCCGCCUGAAGGGGAGGGGGAGGUGGGAAUGGAGGGCGAAGAGGGCGUGAAGAGGUGUCGGAUUGUGCUUGUGCCGAGAUUCAGGGAGACGGGUACGUUAGUGUUAGUAAACCUGCGGACGUUGGCAGUGCGUACGGUGCAGUUUGCGGUGGAGGGUAUGAGCGCGGGUGGGGAGAGGUGA